GAGUUGUAGGCCUAAGUAAAGUGCAACUUUCGCUGAGAGAUCUGUAGGAAAGGCAGCUUUCUUCCAUCUUCUAUCCUGGCCACAGAUUUUGUCCUUCCUUUUCUGCCUGUGAGCACUUCACCACAGGUGUUUUUGCUGUGUAAACUGGACCCCUUCCUGCUAUAAAACAGUUGGGGACAUCAACGUUUGAUCAUUCUACACAGAACAGCUACAAUCAUGAUGUCCCCUGUUUUCCUGCUCCUGCUCUCUCUUGCCGCCACUGGCUGCAGCGCCUUUGGUGGCAUGGGACGCUUUCACCAUAAUCCCAUGUUUGGCGGGAUGGGGAGGUUUGGCGGGAUGGGGAGGUUUGGCGGUCUAGGUCAAGGUUUCCCCGGCAGAUUUGGAGGUCAAGGUCAAGGUACUUCAGCUGGUCCCGCGACUGGUCGAGCCUCUGCCGACGUGUGUAGCGGGAAGGGUACUCUGGGGCAAAGAUUCGCCGUCAACGUUGCCGUCAACGACGCUAACAACGACGGUUUUGUCACGGGCCCAGAGGUCUACAACGACUCAUUACUCUACGACACCAACAGAGACGGCUGCAUCACUCAGGCCGAAUGGGGACGGCGCUGGAUUGGGGAACUCCACUUUUCCAAGGAAUACGAUAACCGUCCAGCCUUUAUGGCACCAAGCAACGAUACUGCAUGCCCCAUCAGGUACGCCAGUUUCCAGAACGACACCAGCUUCAGGAUGUCGCUGGACACUUUCAUUGGGGAAAAUCUGCAGGUGCUCGUGAACACAUGCCAGGGCGACAACUCUCUGCUCAUCUCCAACUGUGACUGUCUACAGUUGUUGGGCGCUUGUGUGAACGACGUUUCGCUCAGCGCAAACUCCGUGUGUAAGGCGUACGUGGCUCAGCCAGUUAAUGCCACCACUACAGCCGCCCAAGGUUGAUUGGGACGUCAGAAACUGAAGUACCCACCUCCGUGGUCUUAGCUUACUUUACUUUUACUUUUUCAUCCUCUGUUGCCGUCAAGCGUCGAGUUAAGAUGCAGUUUUCUG